GUGUCCCCUCUGUGACAGAUACCUGGUGACCUUCAGCCCCCUCAUGGACACCCAGGAUGACCCUCAAGCCAUCAUCAUCUGGGACAUCCUGACUGGACAGAAGAAGAGGGGUUUUCACUGCGAAAGCUCAGCCCAUUGGCCUAUCUUUAAGUGGAGCCACGAUGGUAAAUUCUUUGCCAGAAUGACACUCGACACUCUUAGCAUCUAUGAAACUCCUUCUAUGGGCCUUUUGGACAAGAAGAGCUUGAAGAUCUCCGGCAUAAAGGACUUCUCGUGGUCUCCCGGGGGUAACAUCAUAGCCUUUUGGGUGCCUGAGGACAAAGAUAUCCCGGCCAGGGUGACCCUGAUGCAGCUUCCCACCAGACAAGAGAUCAGGGUUAGGAAUCUGUUCAACGUGGUGGACUGCAAGCUGCACUGGCAGAAAAAUGGGGAUUACUUGUGUGUUAAAGUGGAUAGGACCCCCAAAGGGACCCAGGGCGUGGUCACAAAUUUUGAAAUUUUCCGAAUGAGGGAAAAACAGGUACCUGUCGACGUGGUGGAAAUGAAAGAAACCAUCAUAGCCUUUGCCUGGGAGCCAAACGGGAGUAAGUUUGCUGUGCUGCAUGGGGAGGCUCCUCGGAUAUCUGUUUCCUUCUACCAUGUGAAGAACAAUGGGAAGAUUGAGCUUAUCAAAAUGUUUGAUAAGCAGCAGGCAAAUACCAUCUUCUGGAGCCCCCAGGGACAGUUCGUCGUGUUGGCUGGCUUGAGGAGUAUGAACGGCGCCUUGGCUUUUGUUGACACGUCGGACUGUACGGUCAUGAACAUUGCAGAGCACUACAUGGCCUCCGACGUGGAGUGGGACCCCACGGGGCGCUACGUUGUCACGUCUGUGUCCUGGUGGAGCCAUAAGGUGGACAACGCCUACUGGCUGUGGACGUUCCAAGGACGCCUCCUGCAGAAGAACAACAAGGACCGCUUUUGCCAGCUGCUGUGGAGACCUCGGCCCCCCACGCUCCUGAGCCAGGAUCAGAUAAAGCAAAUCAAAAAGGAUCUGAAGAAAUAUUCUAAGAUCUUUGAACAGAAGGAUCGUCUGAGUCAAUCCAAAGCCUCAAAGGAACUGGUGGAAAGAAGACGCACCAUGAUGGAAGAUUUCCGAAAAUACCGGAAAAUGGCCCAAGAACUCUACAUGGAGCAGAAGAGUGAACGUCUGGAGUUGCGAGGAGGCGUGGACACGGACGAGCUGGACAGCAACGUGGAGGAUUGGGAGGAGGAGACCAUCGAGUUCUUCGUCACUGAGGAGAUCAUUCCCUUGGGAAAUCAGGAGUGACCUGAGCACCGUGCGUCCCUGCGUCGCGUGCUGGACCCGGUCGUCCUGCUGCAGGAAGCCUGUACGAGGCCUGAACUCUCCCCUGUGCUUUCUCUGGCUCCAGACUCUGCACCCGGACUCCCCCAUCUCCACACGUUACUGUGCCUUUCACCCCUGGUCUCCACCUCAGGGGAGGAUCCAAGGCACCGCUUACAGUUUUUUCUCGUUCGGGGUUUUUAAAAUCACGCCACUGGUGUUGGUUCCUCACAGUCGUGCGCCGCUGCGGCGGCCCCUCCCGCCCUGAGCGCACAGCCGAGCGGUCCCCCUCGAGGACUUGUCCUGCCCUGUGCGUGCGGCCCGGCCUGGCCAUGUCCCGGGCACCGCAGGGAAGCAGCGCCCCGUGGUGUCCUGGCGCCGUUCGGGUUGUGCCGGCUUCUCUCAAUGGGCUGAGCGUGGAAAUAAAAGCAAACCUGUACGAAAA